AUGUCUCUGUCGGCCGCUGCAAACAAAAUCUCUGAGUCAGAUUUCCAGAACAUAGGCCCUGCUCCAAGACCGCCUGGCGCAUCCUACAACAAGACACAACCGAUAACCAAUUAUCUUGGACAAUUGGAUUUGAAGGACAAGGCGCGUGGCGUAAGCAGUGACACUGGGACAGGAUUGCGAUCUGGACGUGGAUUCACGAAAAAAAACGGGUGGAUACAGUACAAGGAUGAUGGAAUAUUGUCGUUUUUAUGGCAGAAAAGGUAUAUGGUGUUAAGUGAUUCUUAUUUGACGUUGUACAAGAACGAACCGCGUUCUGCUAGCGAAGAUCCGGUAUUGCAAAUCCCGCUAACGACGAUUGUUAGUGUAAGUCGCACACAGCUCAAACAAAACUGUUUUGAAGUGGUCAGGAACCACGAUCGAGGCUCGGUGCCAGGAAGCAGUAGUGGCAAUAGUAGCAACCCAAGCGGAGGUUCCAAUGGAUCUGGGUCAUCGCCUUCGCCUUCUUCAGGUGCAGAUUACAAUCGCAAGACAAUUUACAUCUCUACAAAAACGGAAAUCGAGCUUCAUUCGUGGCUGGAUGCAAUUUUUGCAAAAUGUCCCUUGCUGAGUGGAGUUUCGUCACCUACCAAUUUCACACACAAAGUACAUGUUGGGUUCGAUCCAGAGACUGGUUCUUUUGUUGGAAUGCCUUCCAAUUGGGAGAAACUGCUCAAACACUCUCGAAUCACAGGAGAAGAUUGGAAUAAUAAUUCUGCUGCUGUAAUCCAAGUUUUGCAGUUUUAUCAAGAGUAUAACGGUGUAAGCAAUGGUGCUAGUACUGGUACUGGUGCCCCUGCUGCUGCUGGUAUAGGUAACGUCUCUGCUUCAUCUUCAUCUUCUUCAUUGCCAAAACAGAAUUUUCAGCAGCAGUUUCGUCCCCAAGAUCAGUCAAGUAGACAGCCGUCUGCUGAUUUAGUUCCGCAGCGUAAACCACCUACUCCACCCUCGAUGUCUAAUGCGCAUCGCCCUAAUCUUCAGGUCACUACAUCUUACCAGAAUGCGAGACCACCACAUUCAGCCUAUCCAAGUUCCAAAUCUGUAGCAUCUCUACAAAACCGGCCUCCUCAAUCGCAUCUUCCAUCACCUGCCUCUUCUGCCCACAGGAUUCCACUUGCUCAGCAAAACCAUUAUUCUCCAGCAAAGCAACCGGUUCCAAGUCACCAGCAUCAGGCUCCACAGCAAAGGACCAUGCCCCAUCAGGAGCCCUCGCGUUUUCAGCACAACUUGCAUAAUCCUUACUCUUCCAAGGGUCCUUCGAUGUCUUCUCCGUCCGGUUCUAAGGAGCAGAUCGAUCAGCGAAAACGUCCUCCCAUGAACAAUUCUCCUUAUUCCAACUCUUCCACACCUCCACCAAGACUUCACCCUCAGAGGGCACCGCCAUCGGCUCCUAAGCUACCUGCUGAGUCGAAUGCUAGCUCUGCUGCCGCUGCUGCUAUGCGUCAAAAACCAAAAGAGGAUGUCGGACCAGGCUAUCUUCAGCCUACUAGAGAUGCACCCAAGAAGCCCGAUGCCCAAUUGCAGCCAAAAAAAGAUGUUGGGGUUACUAAACCUCGUAAGCCUUCCAAGCCAACUAUGUCAAAUGCAGAAAUUAUGGCUAAGUUGAAAAGCGUAACUUUUAAUCACGAUCCUAGUCCUUUCUUCCAAAUGAUGGAAAAAGCUGGACAAGGUGCGAGUGGCUCUGUAUAUCUCGCUCAAAGAAGUCAAUUACCCACCUACGAAGAAGGAAAUCUCAAUGAACAAAUAGGUGAACAGCAUAUUGGAGACAAGGUCGCCAUUAAACAAAUGAUACUGUCUAAGCAACCCAGAAAAGAACUGAUAGUGAAUGAGAUUCUGGUAAUGAAGGAUUCACAGCAUAAAAAUAUUGUCAAUUUCUUAGAGGCGUAUUUGAAAACUGAAGACGAUCUCUGGGUUGUGAUGGAAUAUAUGGAAGGUGGCUCUUUGACUGACUUGAUUGAGAAUAGUCCAGCAAACGGUAGCAAUAGCUCACCAUUAACAGAGCCCCAAAUUGCAUACAUUGUGCGUGAAACUUGCCAAGGCCUCAAGUUUCUGCAUGACAAGCAUAUUAUUCACAGAGACAUCAAAUCCGACAACGUUUUAUUAGACCACAGGGCAAGGGUCAAAAUCACAGACUUUGGCUUCUGUGCCAAGCUCACAGACAAGAGGAGCAAAAGAGCCACUAUGGUGGGCACCCCGUAUUGGAUGGCGCCGGAAGUAGUUAAGCAACGAGAAUACGAUGAGAAGGUUGAUGUUUGGUCGCUGGGGAUUAUGAGCAUCGAAAUGUUGGAAGGCGAACCCCCAUAUUUGAACGAAGAUCCUUUGAAGGCACUCUAUUUGAUUGCUACGAACGGAACUCCAAAACUAAAGCAACCAGAGACGCUUUCGUUGAAAAUCAAAAGAUUCUUGAGCGUCUGCCUAUGCGUAGAUGUAAAGUACAGAGCUUCGACUGAAGAACUGCUACACCACAGCUUCUUUGAUAUGAGCUGUGAACCAGCAGAACUAAACUCACUUCUAGAAUGGAAGAAGUAG